AUGGUGCGCAUGCUCAGCCUCGUUCUCGCUGCCCUUGUCAGCUACGGCUCUGCUUUCCCGGCCAAAGGCCCAGUCCCCGAUGUUGUGACCACAAUUACCAUCACUGUCGGCGGCACGGUCACGACCGAGACGAUUACUUCGGACCCGCCCACCCGGGCGAUCGAGACGUCGGUGGUGCCCACGACCACCACGAGCGGCGGCGCCGUCACGACUAUCAUCUUUGGGUCGGGCAGCAGCGGCCUCGUGUCUACCGCUACUUUCGAUCCUAGCAGCAGUUUCCUCACUGGCGGCAUCAGCACGGUCACCUUCGAUCCGAGCACUGCGUUCCCCUCGGGAUCCGUGACCACCAUCACUUUCGACCCCAGCACAGCGUUCCCGAGUGGUACCGUUACCACGGUUACCUUCGACCCGAGCGCGGCGUUCCCCAGUGGUACGGUCAGCUCGAGCUUCACCACCGUCACUGGUGGAUCUGAGGCCUCCGGGUCGAUCUCGUCCAGCUUCACUACCGUCACUGGCACGGCCGUGAGCUCGAGCUUCACUACCGUCACGGGAGUCGCGAGCAGCGCGUCUACUACCGCUGCACCGGGUACCACGACUGCUUGA